AUGCCGCGCCUAUCAGAAACCAUUAAACAAGAUCACCGGAGGAUCGAACAAGCAUACAGAUACAUUCUUACUGCGUCGUCGACCGAGGAUAAAGUCCGCUGGAGAAACGAACUCGCUCUCGAACUGGCAAGGCAUUGUAUCAGCGAGGAGCAGGUUUUGAUUCCUGUCCUUAGGGACCGUCUAUUUGACGGCGCAUCAAGAUGUGAAAAGAAUCACGCCGACCGGAUGAGUUUGAAGGAGAAGAUCUGCAAGCUCCAGGUUAUCCCUGUCGAUGAUGCGAGCUUCGAAUCCGAAUUAAAAGCACUUUGGGUUGAUUUGGCAGCACACGUUCGCGACACCGAUCACCAGGACGUUGCAAGGCUUGAAGAAUGUCUUAGCAUUACCGAGUCCGAAGAGCUUGAGGAGCAGUUUCGAAACACGAUGCUAUUCGCCCCUACCAGAAGCAAUCCCUCGGCCUCUCACGGGCCCCCAUCAAAACUGAUUACGGACUUUCUUGCUACGAAAGAGGGCUCGCUUACCAGCCUUGAUCCGAUUGUUGGAGGAACUCAAUAA